AUGACGGACCUGUGUUUGUUGUCGCCAUUAAAGCGGAAGUUCAUCGAGAACUGGAUCCACGAGGUGACGAGGAGUUACGCGGACGGUUCUAUCUGUCGGGUCGUUCUCAGCUCUAUCGCCUACGACCCAGACGACAGAGAGGAGUGUGCUCGUCCAAAUGACCACAGCCUACAAGACAAAAUGAUCCGCAUAUCGACAAACGAUAAACACAAAAAACACGUGGAUUAUACAACAACCAACAACAAUCGAGUGCAACAACUUCCGGCCGUAACAUUUUCGUAUGUUAAUGCGGACAAGCAUAAAAAACAUGAUAACAAUGGCGUUUCUAUGUUCGGAUACGAAAUGUACAACGACAAAAAUAGGGACAAAAGCGAUCAGCGAGAUGAUAACAAACGAUUUAUUAUCGUCGACCCUCAGAUGAUUAACCCUUCCGGUCAGUCGUCAGUCAUCCGGAAGUCCGUGACGAAACACCACGAGAACGAAACCCAACCGACUCGAGUAAACAGGGAAUCUUCUUUCACAUACAGGAAAGAGUCAAAGGAAUUUUAUGCCAAGUGUAAGCUUCAUUCAAGUAACAGGAAUGGUUUUGUGAUAUCUCGGUCUAACUUCCGGAAUCAAGGUACGUGGAAAAAUCACAGUUUUCUUGAUUUGCCAAUAAGAUUUAGACAUGAUUCUCAAAAGGCCACGCGAGCUUCUCAACUGACACUUAACUCCAAAGAGUCAUCCGCCAUGCAGAAGACUGACGGAAAUGGCAACUCGAGAAGGACUGAAAGUCACAACCCAAAAAUGAUAACAACAGCUGUAUGGGCGUGGUGA